UCUCUCUCUCUUCAGCUUAUAUUAUUCACUUCACCUCUCGAGGGUCCUUGUGUUAUCUGCAGAACCUGAAACAGGGGCUUGUCAGAAAUCAAGUAUGGUAAUUGAAGAAGAAGCUUCUGCUAAGGAAAAUGAUGCUGGCAUUUCCGCCAGCGAAGUUGACCCUUCACCCCAACAGGAUGGAAACUCCAGUGAGAUAAUUGAAGAAACUCCUCCUGGUCACCCAUGGAGACGACAAAACCUCACCUUACAGAUACCCACCAGAACUGUUGAGGAUCCCGAAGAGGAUUUUGUGAGAAUAGACAUGCCCCCAACGCCAAGUUCCACUCCGAAAAGAGUAAACUUCUCCCCAUUACCCAGCCCUAGUUUAAACAAAAUCAGUGGAUCCCCAGGUCCCUCAUCCUCAAAAACUAAGUCAACCAUAAAAAACCUCCUUCCAAAACUAAGUUUCAAGUAUCGGAACACUACUUCAGAGAUUCGGAAGGCUGCUACUCUUGCACUAGGAGGUACAUCUACAGCUACCCGUGAGAAGCCUUCAAUUUCUAGGACACUUUCUCUUCCAAAGCUUUUAGCACCUAGACUGAAGAAUACGUCAUCCUUGCCUACAACCCCAAUUGCUCACUCAAAUCCAGAGUCUAUGCAUGGAAGAAACACAACUGAUCUGAAAGGAGGGCGCCAACUGCCUAUUCAUCGUUCACAUUCGGUCCCUGAGCUUAACAAAGAUGGGAGUGUAAGUCUAGGUAGUGUCUUUCGAGUAAUUCCUACCACACCACGAGCAAUGGAGAGAAGUGUAUCAAUAACUUCAUGCACCUCCCCGAAGGAUGAAAAUGAUGGAAGUGAUGAUGAUGGUGAAGAUAUUGCCGAAGAAGAAGCUGUUUGUCGAAUUUGCUUAGUUGAAUUGGGGGAAGGUGCUGACACCCUCAAGAUGGAAUGCAGCUGUAAAGGUGACCUCGCUCUAGCCCACCAAGAGUGUGCUGUAAAAUGGUUCAGCAUUAAAGGUAAUAAAACAUGUGAUGUGUGCAAGCAAGAGGUCCAGAACCUACCUGUCACGCUUUUACGAAUUCAAAAUGUUCAAGCCCAUAAUUUACGAGGAACUAGAGCACAGCAGCCUGAGGUUACUCAAUAUAGGGUUUGGCAGGAUGUUCCAAUUCUCGUCAUAGUUAGCAUGCUCGCGUACUUCUGUUUUCUUGAGCAGCUUCUGGUAGGAAAAAUGGGAUCAGGUGCAAUUGCGCUCUCUCUUCCUUUUUCCUGUAUAUUGGGUCUUUUGGCAUCCAUGACAGCAACCACAAUGGUGAAAAGAAAAUACGUCUGGGUUUAUGCAACCAUUCAGUUUGCCUUGGUGGUUCUCUCAGCUCAUUUAUUUUAUUCAUUGAUUCACAUGCAGGCAGUUCUGUCAGUUCUUCUUGCCACGUUUACCGGAUUUGGAGUCACAAUGUGUGGGAAUUCUAUUAUUAUUGAGGCUCUGGAAUGGAGGGAAAGAUGGCUUUCUCGGUCAAAUCAACAGCAUGGUACUCCGGCGGUGACCCAGCCAAAUCAACCACAACAAACACAGACAAAUCCUCGGCAGCUUGAAAAUGAAAUUCAAGGUGCUGAAGCUAUUCAUGGCAGCUGAUUCAUAAUCUUUAGGAUGCACUGCAUCCACAGUGCAUACUGUGGCUGUAAACUGUAAAUGACCCGUAGCGCAUAUUAGCGCUGUUGUAUAUUAAAGAUAUCAUAUGUAUAUGUUGGUCUGGCAAAGUACAGAUAGAAAAUCUCUUUUUUAGCAGAAAGCCUUUUGCGUUUUC